AUGCUCCGUCUCGUCGUGUUGUCCUGUCUCGCCGUCUUGGCUUAUUCAGAAGAUCCAUGUUGUGCUCCAAUGAAAUGGAAUGGAGUGCAGUCGAUGGUCAUCGCUAGCAUGCCGAAUGGUGGAGUAGCGCCUGCAGUGACCAGGGCUUCCUACAUGGUGAAUGUUGACUCUGAGAGGCACAUGCUAUCCCUGACAGGAACGUCAGAGACAAACGGAGUUGUAUCAAACGUCAAGGUUCUAACAGACUACGCAAAGGGUGUGCAAUACCUUGUAACUAACGGCACGUGCUCAAAGUCGGUCUCUGGGCAAGACCCAGGACACUGUGUACCAGCCAAUUCUACUGUAUCCGGACACGGAUUCCUUGGCGUGGGAGCCAAUGCAGCCAAUGUGACACAAUACACAUUCUCUAUUGACGGAAUGACCGCCUACCUCACCGUCACAGACAAAUGCGUACCAGUCGCUGAAACCUACUAUGGAAUCACAAACGGAACCUAUUCCUUUUCGUCCAUUGCCUUCACCGGUAUUAAGGGUGGCAUUGCUGAUGAUACUGUAUUCAAUCUACCAAGCGAGUGUGCACUCGGUACCGGAACUAUCAAUGGUGGUUUCAACUUCGGACGUCGUAGUCAUUUCGCUUAA